CAACACCCUUUUCUUUCUUUUGUUGCUUCCCCACUUUCACACUCACCUCACUGCUCUUCUUCUCCUCAAACCCACUCUGCCUUUUCCUCAUUCUCUAACUUUUUCCCUCAACCCUUCAUCUCCUUCUCCAAGGUCCUGAGAGGUAAGAAAAGCCCUCUUUCAGCUUCUCUUUUUAGACUUCGCAUUUCCUCACCUCACUCCGAAUUGCACUGCUUUCCUCUUUUCCUCUUCCUAUUUUGUUGCCAUGGUCGCUUUGGUUUUGCUGGUUCUUCUUCUGUGUAACUCUUACUGUCCAGUGACUUCCCUCAAUGAGGAAGGGUACGCGCUCUUGUCCUUCAAGCAGUCCAUAUAUGAAGACCCUGAAGGGUCUUUGAGCAACUGGAACUCCUCCCAGGACAAUCCUUGCUCAUGGAAUGGGAUUACAUGCAAAGACCUCAGAGUUGUGUCUUUGAGCAUUCCAAAGAAGAAGCUUUAUGGGUUUCUUCCCGCCGCUUUAGGAUCUCUGCCUGACCUUAGGCAUAUCAACUUAAGGAACAAUCGGUUCUUCGGUAGCUUGCCAGCUGCACUUUUCUCUCAAGCUCAAGGUCUGCAAAGCUUGGUCCUUUAUGGGAAUUCCUUUUCUGGGUCUCUUCCAGAUGAGAUUGGUAAGCUUACUUACCUCCAGUCACUGGAUUUAUCUCAAAAUCUCUUUAAUGGGUCUAUACCAUCAUCGAUUGUGCAAUGCAAGCGACUUAGAACCCUUGACCUUAGCCAGAACAAUUUCACUGCAUCUUUACCUAGUGGGUUUGGCUCUGGUUUAGUCUCUCUAGAAAAGCUCGACCUUUCGUUCAACAAGUUCAACGGCUCUAUUCCAAGUGAUGUUGGAAAUUUGUCUAGCUUGCAAGGCACUGUCGACUUGUCACAUAAUCUCUUCACUGGUUCAAUCCCAGCUAGCCUUGGUAGUCUACCUGAGAAGGUCUACAUCGAUUUAACUUACAACAACUUGAGCGGCCCCAUACCUCAAAACGGUGCUCUUAUGAACAGAGGUCCUACAGCAUUCAUUGGCAAUCCUGGCCUCUGUGGACCUCCUCUGAAAACCCCUUGUUCCUCUGAUGCUGUUAAUGCUGGUGCUCCUUCGUCAAUUCCCUAUCUUCCAGGCAACGACUCACCUCAAGAUAAAGGUAGUAGCGGAGGACAUAAUGGGAAAAGUGGUGGCUUGGGUAAGAGUGCUGUUAUUGCAAUAGUUGUGAGUGAUGUAGUUGGAAUUUGCCUUGUUGGGCUGGUGUUUUCAUACUGUUAUUCUAGAGUAUGCCCUUGUCGUAGAGAUAAGGAUGGAAACCGUUAUGGUUUCGAGAAGAGAGGGAAGAGGAGAAAAGAUUGCUUGUGCUUUCGGAAGGACGAAUCCGAGACUCUCUCCGAGAAUGUGGAGCAGUAUGAUCUAGUGGCGUUGGAUGCACAGGUGGCAUUUGAUUUGGAUGAGCUGCUCAAGGCAUCAGCUUUUGUUUUGGGGAAGAGUGGGAUUGGGAUUGUUUACAAGGUUGUUCUUGAAGAUGGGCUUACUUAUGCGGUAAGGAGACUCGGGGAAGGUGGGUCUCAGAGGUUCAAGGAAUUCCAGGCAGAAGUAGAAGCAAUUGGGAAACUAAGGCAUCCUAACAUUGUCACUCUCCGAGCCUACUACUGGUCUGUGGAUGAGAAGCUGCUGAUAUAUGACUACAUCCCAAAUGGAAGCCUUUCCACUGCACUUCAUGGGAAGCCUGGUAUGGUGUCGUUCAGUCCGUUACCAUGGCCUGUGAGGUUAAUGAUCAUACAAGGCAUUGCAAAAGGCCUGGUCUAUCUCCAUGAAUUCAGCCCUAAGAAAUACGUCCACGGCGACCUGAAGCCUAACAAUGUACUCUUAGGACAGAACAUGGAACCUCAAAUCUCUGACUUUGGUCUUGGACGGCUUGCCAACAUUGCUGGAGGGUCCCCAACAUUGCAGUCCAACCGCAUUCCCAUAGAGAAGUCACAAGACAAGCAAUCGAAGACUGCACCGGGCUCAGACGUUGCUACAGUCUCAUCUACUGCAACAAUAGGAGGGACUUAUUACCAUGCUCCAGAAGCUUUGAAAGUGGUGAAACCUUCCCAGAAAUGGGAUGUGUACUCUUACGGGGUGAUCUUGCUCGAAAUGGUCACAGGGCGAUCGCCACUUGUUCACGUGGCUCCCUCUGAAGUGGACCUCGUCAGCUGGAUCCAGCUGUGCAUCGAAGAGGAGAAGCCGCUGGUCGAUGUGCUGGAUCCGUAUUUGGAACCCGAUCUGGACAAAGAAGAAGAGAUCAUCGCUGUGUUGAAGAUUGCCAUCGCUUGUGUUCAUGCCAGCCCCGAGAGGAGACCUACGAUGAGGCACGUUUCUGAUGCUUUGAACCGACUGGUUGCUUCGUAGGCUUGCUGAUGGUUUCUGAUGGUUUCAGCACUAACAAAAUUUGUUGUGAGGUAGUAAUGAUGCACUAGGCGAUGAACAAUUUCUCUACUAAUGUGUAAUUGAGAUGAUGCUUCUGUUUUCAUUUUUGCCUUUUAUUUGUUUGAGUCUCUCUUUGUCAUUUGAUGUAUGGAAAUUGGAAUGUUGGAGCUAAGUGGGAAAAGGGCUCUGCUGCUAUUUAAGAAUAAAAGGGAUGGAGAGUUCGCAAACUGGUGUUCUUGUUGUGUGAAUCUGUGGAAUGCAUGAGGUCAAACUCAAGAGUCUUUGACUUUAAGUUCAGCGAAAUUGACGGUUUGUUCUUUCAAGCUUUCAAAUUUCGGUUUCAGAAAGCUGUUAAGAGAACGAUGGAAUAAACAUUAAACAAUGAA